AUGGACACUGACAGCCAGCUUGGCCACGUUUUGACUGCCAUUCAAACAUCCCGACCAGUUUUGAUCAAGGUUGCCAGAUUCCUCUUGUCGGAAUGUCGACAAAGAUCAGCGCCUGGAACCGCUCAGAGCGAGGUGCAGUCGACGACUUUGAGCUCGCUCUUCAAGCCCUCGCUUGCCGGAAAACGCAAGCGCUCCGUUACACAUUUCGAGGGCAUCCCAAUAUCGGCCAUCUCUGCCCCUUCCCUUCCCCCAUCUCUCUCAUCUUCACCCACCUUUACUCCUACUUCCUCUCCGGCAGACUUUCGACUUCAUUCCAAAUCCAAUGACAACAUUCAGGGGCGGAGAGUAGUCUCGCUCAAGCGGGCGAUGGGAUUCUACCAGAGCAUGUCGGGUCUGUCUGUUGGGGAACAAGGAGGCUCAUGGUGUUCGGAUGACUCGAGAGGAGAUGAUGAUUAUAAGUUCGCAUAUGGUUGUUCAAACCAAGAACAGAAGCCGCAGAUUGUGGACGAUUCGGAGGGUGACGACGACGACGACAUUGAAACCGACAGCGAUGAUGAGGACGAUGUCGUCCUAGUCUUUGACCGUCCUACCUGGUGA